AUGCAGAUCUUUGUGAAGACCUUGACUGGCAAGACCAUUACCCUGGAGGUGGAGCCCAGUGACACCAUUGAGAAUGUGAAGGCCAAGAUCCAGGACAAAGAGGGCAUUCCCCCUGACCAGCAGAGGCUCAUCUUUGCCGGCAAGCAGCUAGAAGAUGGCCGCACCCUCUCCGACUACAAUAUCCAGAAGGAGUCCACCCUGCAUCUUGUCCUGCGUCUCAGGGGAGGCAUGCAGAUUUUUGUGAAGACCCUGACUGGCAAGACCAUAACCCUGGAAGUGGAGCCCAGUGACACCAUUGAGAAUGUGAAGGCCAAGAUCCAGGACAAAGAGGGCAUCCCCCCUGACCAGCAGAGGCUGAUCUUCGCUGGCAAGCAGCUAGAAGAUGGCCGCACCCUCUCUGACUACAACAUCCAAAAAGAGUCCACCCUGCAUCUUGUGCUUCGCCUGAGGGGAGGCAUGCAAAUCUUCGUUAAGACCCUGACUGGCAAGACCAUAACCCUGGAGGUGGAGCCCAGUGACACCAUUGAGAACGUGAAGGCCAAGAUCCAGGACAAAGAGGGCAUCCCCCCUGACCAGCAGAGGCUGAUCUUCGCUGGCAAGCAGCUAGAAGAUGGCCGCACCCUCUCUGACUACAACAUCCAAAAGGAGUCCACCCUGCAUCUUGUGCUGCGCCUGAGGGGAGGCAUGCAAAUCUUUGUUAAGACCCUGACUGGCAAGACCAUAACCCUGGAGGUGGAGCCCAGUGACACCAUUGAGAACGUGAAGGCCAAGAUCCAGGACAAAGAGGGCAUUCCUCCUGACCAGCAGAGGCUCAUCUUUGCCGGCAAGCAGCUAGAAGAUGGCCGCACCCUCUCUGAUUAUAACAUCCAGAAGGAGUCCACCCUGCAUCUUGUGCUGCGUCUCAGGGGAGGCAUGCAAAUCUUCGUUAAGACCCUGACUGGCAAGACCAUAACCCUGGAGGUGGAGCCCAGUGACACCAUUGAGAAUGUGAAGGCCAAGAUCCAGGACAAAGAGGGCAUCCCCCCUGACCAGCAGAGGCUCAUCUUCGCUGGCAAGCAGCUAGAAGAUGGCCGCACCCUCUCUGACUACAACAUCCAAAAGGAGUCCACCCUGCAUCUUGUGCUGCGUCUGAGGGGAGGCAUGCAAAUCUUCGUUAAGACCCUGACUGGCAAGACCAUUACUCUGGAGGUGGAGCCAAGUGACACCAUUGAGAAUGUGAAGGCCAAAAUCCAAGACAAAGAGGGCAUCCCCCCUGACCAGCAGAGGCUCAUCUUUGCCGGCAAGCAGCUAGAAGAUGGCCGCACCCUCUCCGACUACAACAUCCAGAAGGAGUCCACCCUGCAUCUUGUCCUGCGUCUCAGGGGUGGUUAAUUAAGUUGCUGUUUGCUUCCAUCCUCUCAAGUGAAAUAUCACUGCACUUUGUUUCAAUAAAGCUGUUGCGUUCCCAAA